AUAUGACAGCUUCGGAGCACAUGAUUUCCAGAGACGUCAAUAGUUGGACGUUACAUAGUAAAUUGCUUUAUUUAUGUUUUUAAGUGUGAUUUGAUAGUUUAUUUACAGAAUGACUAUUGCGGAUCUCUGGGAUCAGAGAAUAUCUGCCUUUCUACUGAGUCCAUCUCAGUUUUUGGCCACCACCACCACUGAGAGUUUCUUGGCUGAACUCCUACACGAACUGCGGAAAGAUAAGGCCAAUGAUCAACUCAAGAUACUCCUUGUGUCUGUGCUAUUGGAGCAUCCAACCGUUCUCUGCCCUUCUGCCUCUGUGGGAGAGGAAACGGCCCUUGAACUCCUGUCAGUCUUCUCUCACAUGCCACAGAAAUCCAUCAUGCUCAAGUGCAAUAUCAUGCUGGCCAUCACCAAUGUGAUAAUAUGCACAUCCUGCCUGGCUACCCACACAAAGACAGCUGAAGACUGGCUUGACCUGCUAUUUCAGACGAUCCAGGACACCAAUGACUACAGAUGUGGUCUAUCCCAGCAGCCAAUAAGGGCCACCGCUUGUGAUUGCCUACGAGAAAUGGAAACCUGUAGCCCUGGUCUUCUUUCUCAAAAGUUAGAGGCCCUGUUUCUUCUAAAACAGCAAGAAACCACAGUUCUGCAUCAGUCCUACUGUUUGCUUUAUACACUCGGGCUGAAGAACGCCAUAAGGAUCUUGACGAACCAAAAAGAUGUUACUGACCUAGAGUUUAAGAGUAUCUUAGGAGGAAAUGAAGGGUUUGCAUGGAAAAGCAAUCAGUUAGGAUUGACCUCGUUGCCAAUAAACAUGUUGGUGCAAGUCCCACGUUUGCCACAAGGACUGGAUUGUAAAGAACUCAAAUCUAUAAUGUCUUCACUCUUGGAGGAGUCUUACCUGCUAACACCUAUUUCCCAGUCUGCCCUACUUAGGGAGCUUGUAGAAGUUGUCGCCAUGGUCCCAGGACUCUCUCCAACGUUAUUCAAAUCCCAGCUUCUGCGACUCUUCGGAACAGCAGAUGUUUCGCUCAUGCAUGCCACGCUCUUUAUGAAGGACACAUUCACAGAUAGCCUUUUCACCGCAGAGGACGAGAACUUCCUACUCAAGCGUCUCGUGGGCACAGCCCAGCAUCCGCUCCUAAGAAUUCCUGAAAAGCUCUUCUACAUGGAAUGCAUCCUGCACUUCCCUGAGAACCGGCCCAUAUCCAGCAGUGGAGAAGAGAGUUUACCUGUUCUGGUUACACCACGUCUGGCAGCAUCUCUUCAUCCAACAGUUUUCAAUGAUAGUGCAACUAUGCUCUGCAGGCUAAACCUUCUUUGUUUGGUGCACCUUGAGGUCGCCGAUGAGGGCGAAAUGGACAAAGGAAUCAGCCACCUGUUUGAACACAUAAUGGCCCUUUUGAAAAUCGUAGACAGUGACGGUAGCAGAGAAGUGGUGGUGACCUCUUUCAGAGCGUUGUUUAUUUUUCUCACGCACUUCAAUGGCAUGGAAGAACUCUCCGAGAAGCUGAUCGACAAAUUAUGCGACAUGUAUUCCAGACAUUCGCAACUCGCUCCGAAUUUGAUUGGCCUCGCGGAUCGCAUCCAGGAGCAUCUGGAUGACCCAGUCUGGUCGGUCAAGUUGCUAAGAGGGCUUCAAAAAUGCAUUAUGGAAAUGCCUCCAUUGCAGUUGACGAUUCAUAAUUUGAGUUGGCACUUGAAAGUCUUGAAAAGAGUGGCUAAAGAGGGUCAGAUUACCCAGAGAAACACCAUUUACCUUCUUCUCAAUGUCCUCAUCAACUCCAACUUGUGUGAAAGAGGCAACUGGCAGGUUGGAAACGCAGUUCUCGCUGUUUGUCGCAAUCUUUUGGAGCACCCCUCCAUCGAUCAAGUGUUUAUCGAGUUGGCUGAUCUUUUGCAAUAUAUAUCAAUACAUUAUGACGAUACGGACAUUAAGGAUCACGCUCGCUUCUACUACACAUUGCUAACCAACCUUUCGUGGGAAAAGCUUACGGGGGUUCUCGCCAAAGGACUUGAUGGAGGACGUGCCAAAGAGCGGUCACAUUCUGCAAUUAUGGCCGAGAACGAGGGGAUCGCCAGUAACCUGACUGUGCACAAAACUAACCGGCAUGUUUUACAACUCAUCAAGGUGCAAGAAGCCUCACAAAGCUCUUCUGAAAGCUCUUCAGAGUCGUUGGAGGCAACAGGAGAGGUUAAGAAUUGGUUGGAGGUUUAUCAAGGACAGUUUCAGACACCUGGAUUUGGCUCUGAGGUCACCUUGAGGUACAAUCUGACUCAUGCAAAAGAAACCGAUCCUUUAUUCGAUAAAGUCUUUACAAUCUGUCUGCAUUUUGAGCUGAAAGACUCAAACUACUCAAAGGUAAGUGACAUACAUGUACCAUGUGUGUUCAGAGAUAGAAAGCCACCUGAGGUCAAAGUCAAGCUCAAGCCCUUUCAACCCUACCCUACUAGUUUGUGUGUCAGUGCCGUGUUUAGCACACAAGACGGACGCUCUUGGCACAGCCGACUGCCUGAUGUGAGCGUUUCAUUCCCUGAGAUAUUCCUUCCUCUGCCUUUACCACCAAACUCAUCCUGUGAAUGCAAAGAGCAAGUGUUCGAACACAUCUGGGAGGCAGCAGCUUCUGGGAAUCCUGACAAAUCUGCCAAUAGUCUGUUCUGUUUUAAACCUGAAGAUGAAAGUCUUGCUGAUCUGAUCAAGACACAUUUUCAAGGUUACCUUAUUACAGAUCAGCAAAGCGAAAGAUCGUGGAAAGUCUUGUUCUUUCUUCCACCCAAGUGCCAUGUCCUUUUGAAGAUUACACAGGCUGAGGACGCCGCUCGGGUCAGCAUUGCAACGGACAACUGGGAGCUGUUACCUUUCGUGAACUCUUACCUCCAAAACAUUACUGAUAAUUGUAGCUCAACAGUAACAGAUGGCUAAAUGGGUGUUAAUUU